GCAUUUUAUGCAUGCUAUUUAAUGAGCUUACAGAACAGUCCAAAAUUCGUUCUGCCGUCUUAUUCUACUCAACAGAAAAGAAGUGCACUUUGUGAUCUUGCUUCAGAUUUUAUGGGCUCACACUUACUUGAAACCAAUAAUGAUAGUCUUUGGACUGAUCUUUAUGCUCCAAAGCACGAAAAUGACUUGGCGAUUAGAUCUGCAAGGAUCAAGGAAGUCAGAAUGGCCAUAAAUAACUCAUCAAUCGGAAAGCAAAAGGGACCUGUCAAAAUACUCAUGUUAACUGGCCCAUCUGGUUGUGGCAAGAGUACACUCAUACGACUCAUUUCCAAAUCAGAUGGCUAUAAACUUAUCGAAUGGUUACCUAGUCGAUGGGCGUACGACGACAAUAGAGCUUAUAAUACCCAGCAUUCAAAUUCACCCAUGGAGCGCUUUAGACAAUUCUUGCAUCAAUCAAUACAUCAAUCUACAUUUGACGAACAAUACAACAAGAAAAUAAUCUUGGUUGACGACAUGCCCGAUCUUACAACUAAUUCCGUAAGGAACCAAUUUCAUUCCAUCCUACAAACCUGCCUCAACAGCCCAGUGCCAUUUUUGCUUGUCUUUAUUGUGUCAGAUGUUUGGCUAUCGACUGAGUCAGUUCAAAGGAGUUAUGAUACACGGUUGGUUAAUAUACGAGAUCUCAUUCCGCCUGGAUUAUCCAUUGAUCAACGACUACAGACAAUUGAGUUCCUGCCAAUUACAAAACCAGCAAUAAAAAAGGUUUUAAGUAAAACAGCAUUAAAGGCAAAUGUUCAGAUCGGAAAGGAUCAAUUAGAUGAACUGUCAGAGCUAAGCAAUGGUGAUAUUCGAGCAGCAAUUAAUAUGCUCCAAUUUUACUCUACAAGCAAGGAUAAUAAUAAAUACUUGGGAAUAAAAAGAAGAAGAGAUGACGAUGCUAGUCUCUUCUGCAGAACGACUGGAUCUUUGUCUUUAUUCCAUGCAGUAGGAAAGGUACUUUAUGCAAAGAGGGAUAUGAAUGGAUAUUAUGAAUCAAAACCAGAGGAUAUUUUAGGCAGACUUCCUGUAGAUAAUGAUUUAUUUAUCUCUUACUUGCAUGAAAACUGUCCAAUGUUCCUUGAUGACAGUGAAGCAUGCGCAGAGGCAUUAGAAAGUCUGUGCGAGGCUGAUCUAAUGCGUUCAAAGGAUGAUUGGCAGAACAAUAUUCUGAGUGCCUGCAGAUGUUUGAUAUCCAUGCAUGGGAUAAUGAUUACCAGGAAAGGAAAGGUUGGCGGCAAUUUAAGACCGUUAAAUAAGCCUAGCUUUUCUGAGGUGCAAUAUAUGGCGGAGGCGAACAGGAAUAAAGAACUUGACUUAAAAAUAACAUCGCUUUACAAUGCCAACAAAGAUACAUCUGAAUCACAAACAAUCAAUCAAGAUCCCAUUCAGGAUUUUAGUGAAGAUGAGUUUGAUACUAUUUAUGGAGAUGGCACUGAACUUAUGGAGCUGCUGGAUGGCUUCUAAACUUUUAAAUAAUGUAGAAAUCAAUAUAUUCUCUUGUGAUCUUUAAAAAGACAUUGAAGCAAGGAAAACUGUAAAAUUUAGGCUUAUAUGUUUCUAUAAACAGAGAGAGCAACAUUGCCUGUGAUGUCUAUAAAAAAUAAAGAAAUAGCUUGCACAAAGGAA